CAACCAACAGAAAGGGAAGUUGCUUUGUGUGUUUAUUUUUCCUUUUUUUCUGUCGUUUCCUUCUGCCAAUGUGCUUAAAGUCCGACCAGCAGUGGGUUUACGAACAUUUGCAACCUGUGUGCGUAGUUUCAGGACACAUUGAACUCGGUUGCAAAGAGUAGCAGUUAUGGAGAGAAUUAAUCUGCAGCAACUUCUUUCAGACAUGCAGACUAACUGGACAUCGAUAAUUGCAGCCGCAGGUUGUUGUGGAGGUGCAUUUGUUCUCUUAGUGAAAUGGACAAAUAAGCAGAAGAUUAAGAAGAAAAUACUGAACGCACGGAAAAGACGAGAUAAAUCCUUUCAACAAGCCGAAGAAGCUGUGCAACAAUUUAAAAUGACGAAUCCUGGCUUUGAGAAGAGCUCCAUAGUCUCUUUGCCUUUGGUUGAACUCAUUCAAAAUCUGAAGGAAGGAUCCCUGCAGCCAGAUGCUGUACUUCAUGCAUUUAUGGAAAAGGCUUUGGAGGUGAACAGUAAACUGAACUGCAACACUGUUAUGCUGAUGGACUCUUUAGAUCAUUUGAAGGAUGACAACACCCACAUGAAAGGGCUUCUAUAUGGAGUACCGAUCAGCAUCAAGGACAACAUCGGAUAUAAGGGUCACGACUCUUCAUGUGGCGUGUUGUGUAAGUUGGAUCAGCCUGCAGUUAUGGACAGUGUGGUCGUUGCAGUGCUGAAGAGGCAGGGUGCGAUCCCGUUCGUCAAAACUAAUGUGCCACAGGGACUUCUCAAUUAUGACUGCAGUAACCCCAUUUAUGGGCAAAGCCUGAACCCCAUUAACCUUCAGAAGACCUGUGGCGGUUCAUCCGGAGGGGAGUCCGCUCUGAUUGGUGGAGGCGGGUCCAUCCUGGGCCUUGGUACUGACAUUGGCGGGAGCAUUCGAAUCCCAUCAGCCUUCUGUGGAAUCUGUGGAUUUAAGCCCACAUCAAACAGAAUAAGUUUGCGUGGAGCCAGUUCUUGCAACAAAGGCCAGAAGGCAGUGUUCUCAUCUAUUGGCCCCAUGGCAAGGGAUGUUGAGAGUUUGGCAUUGUGCAUGCGGGCACUGCUCUGCCGGGACAUGUUUACCUUGGACCCCACUGUCCCCCCCAUACCAUUCAACCAAGAGGUGUAUGAGAGCUCGAAGCCCCUGAGAAUUGGUUACCACGAGAACGAUGAUUACUUUCUGCCGUCCCCAAGCAUGGCCAGGGCCUUCAGGGAGACCAAGGAGCUUCUAGAGAGAGCGGGACACACGCUGGUUCCAUUCAAACCACCACGGGUCUUCUUUGCCAUUACUGAACUGGCUUUUAGAGGGGUCAUGGCUGAUGGAGCUGCUACCCUCUUGAGUCAUCUGGAGGGCGGACCCAUUGACCCUUGCCUCCGUCCCCAAAUCGCCCCAUACCUUCUUCCAGACUUCGUAAAGAAGAUUCUUUCUGUUGUUCUCAAGCCUUUUUAUCCACGAAUGUCUGCAAGCAUGGAUGCAACUCGCGGAUUACGGUCCAUACCAGAAUUAUGGAAGAAACAUGCAGAAAUUGAAGAAUAUAUUCACGAUGUGCUGGCAGAAUGGAGAAGACUGAAUGUGGACGUUGUGCUUUGCCCGAUGCUUGGACCAGCCUACAAUUUCUUAUACUGCGGCAAACUCUCAAGUGCUCUCAGUUAUACGGGCAUAUACAACCUGCUGAACUUCCCUGCGGGGGUCGUGCCCGUCUCCACUGUAACGGAAGAGGAUGAAGAACAACUUUGUCAGUACAAGGGCAACUUUGGUGAUUUGUGGGACAAACUCUUUGUUAAGGCUGUGCAGGGUGGCGUAGGUCUGCCUGUAGCAGUACAGUGUGUGUCUUUGCCGUGGCAGGAUGAAAUGUGUCUGCGCUUUAUGAGAGAAGUGGAACAACUCACAGCCAAGAACAAACUCUGCAGGCCACAUUAAAGUCUGCACAUGUACAAUACUUGAUGGCAUCAGUUUGUAUAUUGAUUAAGCAUUUGGUCUGCUAUCACUAGAGUUGCUGGUUUAAUUCCACACUAGAUAUAAUUUGGUGAGUUACUCCUGUGAGAUUGUCCUUCUUUGAAAUAAUAAACAUGUAUAUGCACCAACAGAAUAUAAUGUGACAUCAUAUUAGAAAGACUCCUAAUUUUGAAUUUAACACAUGAAGUCUGAAUGUUAUAAUUGCCCCCAUUACAGGGUUGAUUAUAACAGUGGUUGGGAGCAAUUGAAAAAUAUUAACCAGUGCCAGAAAUUAACUUUUACAUUAAAGGGCAAUAUUUUCCCCCUGGAUUUGAUUUUUAGGGGCUUUUUUAAUGGGGGCAUAUUUUUUAACCAU